CAUGGCGGCCGCCCAGAACAAGCCGGACAACACGGCCUUCACCCAGCAGCGCCUCCCGGCCUGGCAGCCGCUGCUGUCGGCGGGCACGGCGCUGCCGCUCUUCUUCUGCGCGGGCCUGGCCUGCCUGGCGGUGGGGCUGGGGCUGCACUUCUCCUCGGACACCAUCCGCGAGCUGGAGCUCGAUUACACCGGGGCGCCGGGCAGCGGCCACAACUGCUCCCGCUGCGCCAACGCCAGCCUGGCCGGGGCCGGGGGCUGCACCUGCUCGCUGCGCUUCGAGCUGCCCGAGCGCUUCCCGGGACCCGUGUGCCUCUACUACCAGCUCUCCAACUACUACCAGAACCACCGGCGCUACAGCGUCUCCCGCGACGACCGGCAGCUCAGCGGGGACGCCUCGGGGCUGAGCAACCCAGCCACGGAGUGCAGCCCCUUCCGCACGGACCCCCGGGGCAUCCCCAUCGCCCCCUGCGGGGCCAUCGCCAACAGCCUCUUCAACGACACCUUCGCCCUCUACCACCUGGCCAACGGCACCUUCUACCCCGUGCCCCUGGACAACCGAGGCAUCUCCUGGUGGACCGACUCCAACAUCAAGUUCAGCAACCCCGAACUCAUCAAUGGCAGUCUGGAAACCGCCUUCAAGGGCACAACCAAGCCCCCCAACUGGCCUCAUGCUGCCUACAUGCUGGACAUGGGCAACCUCAACAAUACCGGCUUCAUCAACGAGGACUUCAUCGUGUGGAUGCGCACUGCAGCUCUGCCUACCUUCCGCAAGCUCUACCGCCGCGUGCAUGAGGGCAACUUCUCCUCUGGCCUGCCCCAAGGCACCUACCGCCUCGACAUCACCUACAACUACCCCGUCCUCUCCUUCCAGGGCACCAAGAAGGUCAUCUUCAGCACUGUUUCCUGGAUGGGUGGCAAGAACCCCUUCCUGGGCAUUGUCUACUUGAUCUUCGGCUCCGCCUGCAUUCUCACUGGCUUUGUCAUGCUGGCUGUGCAUAUCAAGUUCCAGAAACAAAACCAAAUGGAUGUGGAAUAGAGAGAUGAGCUUCAGAUUCAAAGUUUGAUGACAUUUGGACUUCAACUUCCUCCAGACUUUGCUGCUAGCAUCCAGGCCUUAUCCUUCUCUUUCACUGUUAUAAUUCUGAUCUCAGUGGGUUUGCUGUCAACUCUCACCAGUGUAAGUGAGAGCAGAAUUGGGCCUUCCAUGUCUGUAAUGGGCUGAAUGAAAACCUCCUUCUCCUUGCCACAAAACUAUGGGAAAGUUCAAAUCUGAUUAAAACUCUACAGCUCCAACUUAUUCAGACUGAGCAUCACUUGGUGUAUAUAUGUGUGCACUUAAAGGAUCACUGUCAGAUUUUCUUUUUGCAUAACACAAUUACCAAUGUUUCUAAUGACAUGACAAACUUUUUUUUUUUUUUUGAGUGGAAGAAUUUUAACCUGUUCCUCUUCUUACACCCUUUUCCUCUGGGUUUAACUUCUGUUUUUCUAGCCUCUUUCUACCAGUGAAAGUGAAGCUUGCUAGUUUCUGUUUAUUGAUGUAGUCAAUUGCAUAUUCAGGUUACCAUGCAUUAGCACAAUGGCCUGCUGUUUGAAUUGCAAACUUUGAAGUGGAUUGUCUUUAAAAUCUAAUAGUAUCAUUUAAUAAUCUUAACAUUUCCAUUAGGUCUGACAGGCCCCAAAUACAGG